AUGGACGCAACACUGGAAAACAAAAUGGGUCUACCGCCGCCAUACGAACAAGUACCAGCGAACCCCGCGCCGCCACCAUCGUACUUUGGUGACAAUCCACCACCCCCAGAAUCCACGCCGCGCCCCAGAACUGUGGUUGUGACACAAGCACGCGAGACAGCUACCAAUGGACCUUCGAAAUUGGGACCGGGACCGACUGGUACUUCGUGUCCUACCUGUAACAAAUCGAUUGUUACUAGAGUGGACUAUGUCCCAAAUAACAGAACACAUAUCGUAUCAGCUGCGCUUUGUGUUCUAGCAGGGUGUUGCUGUGGGUGUUUCGUGCCUUACUGCAUGAGAUCCUGCAAGACCGCAAAUCACUAUUGCCCUGCUUGCAAGGCCUUUAUAGGAUCUCACAUUCCUUCAUAA